ACAGGAAAAUUUUUACAUUUUGAUGAUAUUUAAAAAUAAACUGAAUAAAUUUUAAAUAAUAUUACUAUUUUAUUAAAUGAAUCUGGUACUAAUUUAAAAAAUAUUGUUAAAUGCACUAUUUAUCUUGAUAAUAUGGAUAAUUUUUAAAAAAUGAAUGAAAUAUAUUUAAAGUUUUUUAAUUUUGAAUAAUUACCUGUAAGAACUUGCAUUGCUGUAAAAACACUUCCCUUUAAUGCAAAAAUUGAAAUCGAAUUUAUUGCAAUUGUACCUUGA